AUGUCCCGUUUCGAUGGAGGGCGGAGAGCCAAGGUAACCUCAUCCACCAGUUCGAUUAUCCUGUUGGACCACAUGGUCAACAAAAUAUCAGGACUUUCAAACCGCGUUGCGUCAAUAUCACCUCGUCACCCUGGACUCUCGACGCAUUUUUUGUCGCAUGACUUGUCCUAUCCCCUCAAAUUCAACUGUAGCCUCUUCCAACUACUACUUACUAUGGAUAACAAUGCUCGAACUGUCCGGUCUUACAGGAAAAACUCUGCAAUUCAAGUACCAGCAACACCCGAUUACAUUUCAUCAUUUCUAUCACAAUCUACACCUAGUUCCACAAGUCCUACAGUGAAUUCACUCGUCGCAUCAUCCCCUGAUGGUCUUUCAGCCUCGUCAUCCGUUAAUUCCUUGGCUGCCUCCGCUUCUCCGUUCAACGCGCUUGGCUCAUCGAGUCAACCAAGGUUAAUUCAGCCUCGACAGAAUGAAGAGGCGAAGCUAGAGGGAAAGUUUAAACGAAUGGAAGAGUUUCUAGGAAACUCGGGCUUUGAUUCUAUUGGAGAUUUUCUAGGGAUCCUGUUCUACAACCCAACUCGUGUUGACGGAAAGGACGAUCCUCGUGGUGUGACUCAUGGACUGGCCGUCACUCGAUUCCUUCAAGGAAAAACAAAGACCAAAAUGUCCGAAAUCAUCGGUCUCAUAUAUUCUCACAAGCACAGUGCCCCGUCACCGAGAUCUACACAAUAUCACGAACGUCACGCCUCAUUCUCGCCCUCCAUCUCGCCUGCGGCUAUCAACCAUGCGCGUCCUUCGCUGUUUACUUGGGCAACCAACCUCGUCGGUAAACAUGUCCAUCAAGAGAUACAUAAGCUUACCAUGAAAGACGACGACACUCAGCUUCAUGCAUCCACUAAUGGCCAACGCCCAGAGGAUAGCGUUAGACUGGUUACUUGGGAGAUUUUGGGGAAAUUUAGUAUUGCUAGACUUUGUGAGAAGUACAAGGUGCGCGCGCCUGUCUCUUGGUAUCUCACCGAGUCUAUGGCUGCCUCGCGCAAAAAUGGUGCUGUGAUUACGAAGAAGCGGCGCCCCCAUCCCAUUGUACAAGUUGGCGCUAUUGGCUCGUUUAUCCUAACCCGAAACCAUUAUGCAAACGGAGACCUUGCGAUGGCCCUCGGCAUAUGGCACUUUGCCGCCAAAUCACACAUCAACGUCAAACGUGUCUACAGCAGGUUUGGGAAUAUUGUAAGCGACAUGACGAGUCACCUUGCACGCGUCGCUGAGAAGAAACACACUACAAUGACUGUCGAAAGCAUCAGGGCGGAUAUUGACUGGACUCAUGUACACGCAAUCCAAUCAUUGCAUUGGGUUCGCGUUCUUGUCGACUACAUCCCGGAACUCAAGCCCAUGUCCAAAGAAAUUUCAGCCAGGUUUUGCUCAGCACCACUUGCCAAGCAUCGCAUGCGUGAAGGUCGGAAAACUGUGGUGCAGCCGCUGGGAACCAACGCUGAGCAGGAGAUCGAGACUCAAGGAAUGGCGCGAGCUCUCAUGGACUUUGACCAUCAGAUGGGUGUUGGGCCGGAAGCAGCAGACAAACUAAUCUCAUGGGUUUGUGGAGAUGGUGCUUCACAUGCGACAACACUUCGACUACAGAAGCACUUGUGCUCCAUUCCUGAUAACCACCAAUCCUUCCGAAAUCGUGUUUCUACUCCUGAAAUUUGGCAUGCAAGAUCCACAAUGAUCAAUUUCGUGAACCAAGUGGUCGUGUGGUCUCAGGAAUGGUUGGACCUGCAGAUGGGACGAGCAACCCCGACCGUGUUCUGGUCUUGUUAUCUACAUACUCGGGAUUACUAA